AUGAAGCUCGAUUUUCUCUUCAUCGCGACGGUAUUCACGGUAUCCGCCCUGGAUAACCCGUACGGGAAUUGGAAACCAGCCGGACCUAAUGGUGUGAGAGGGCCAUGUCCAAUGCUCAAUACCCUGGCCAAUCAUGGAUUCCUCCCCCAUAAUGGGAAAGAUAUUACCGAGAACGACACCGUUAGUGCCCUAGGGUCGGCGUUGAACUUUGACGAAGAGAUAUCGCGCCUCAUGCAUAAAUUUGCCGUCUCUACCAACCCGGCACCUAACGCCACGACCUAUUCUCUGAAUCAUCUUAGUCGCCACAAUAUCCUGGAACACGACGCAAGCUUGAGUAGAGCGGAUGCCUACUUUGCUGAUCCGGCUAUCUUCAACCAGACUGUGUUCGACCAGACGCGGUCUUACUGGAAAGGGCCUAUUGUCAAUUUGAAGGAGGCAGUUCGGUCUCGCCUAGCUCGGCUGGAGACAUCCAAUGCGACUAACCCAACUUUCACCCUAAGUGCCCUUGGGAAAACCUUUGGUCUUGGGGAGAUCGCCGCCUACCUUGCCGUGCUUGGUGACAUUCCGUCGGCGACUGCUAUUAAGGCUCGACUCGUAUAUUUCUUUGAAAACGAACGUUUGCCGGUUCACCUAGGCUGGACCAAGCUGAGCGUUCUGUCUAAAACUGACUUUACGGAUAUGCUUCAGAGAGUUGCUAAUGCUACUGAAAAAGUCUCGGGGGAAGCCGUCGAACCUGUCAAACGAGAUAGUAUCAUCGGACUCCACGCAACCCUCUCCGAAUAGACGAAAAAUGUCAUAGUACAACAAGGAAAUGGAUGAUUAGGAUUCAGGGGGCGAUACAUAGGGGUGUACGUACCUUUUGUAUCUAAGAAUUAAGUUCAUGCAUGAUUAUUUCUUGGAGAUUGAACCUUCCUCGAAGACCGCAAGAUGUUGUCCAUGAUCAUGCAGCGCGGUUGUUCCUGCCUUUUCUACUUCUCAGAUGCGUCAUCACGAAGACAUAGAGUUUUCUUCUUUCUGCCUUCCCUCUGUGGGAUUU